CCCAAUUACACACAGAGAGGCCCGUACCCGGGAGAGACCCGUUCUCGUGGAACAACCCUUCGUGAAGCCGUAAAGCACAAUCCGGGGGCGGUUUUUGAAUUUUUUUUUCGCUCGUAUUAUAGUUUCCCCCUCCCGCGCCCUCCCCCAAAAAGCUUAAAACUGAUACACCGAUAAACACCGGUCGACUCUUAAGACCUUUUGUUGUCGUUUUUCUAUUUAUUUCAACUCUUCACGGGGUCCAAAAUUUUUAGUUAUUCCAAAUAAAUCUAUACAUUAAAAUCUCAAGACUAAAAGUGUGAUAAAACCCUGUAACGUAAGCUCAAAUUUUGGAUUAAAGCUACAACGACAAUUACAAAGGUGUACAAUGACCGAGAUGGACGUCGUGCCUGCAAGUGAAGAAGUUCCAGUGCAAUUCGGGCAAAGCUCAAGGCAGCAACACCAGAAGAGCAUGUACAACGGCUCAAACGAUAUGAGAAACAACACGAGGGAGGAGAGAAGGCGUAUGGUGGACAUAACCAAAGACAAGCCGAUCAAAGUCAGCAUUAGGGUCGUCGUACCAGUCAAAGACCAUCCAGUUUUUAACUUUGUCGGAAAACUUCUCGGGCCGAGGGGAAAUUCGCUCAAAAGGCUCCAAGAAGAGACGAUGACGAAAAUGGCCAUUUUGGGCCGUGGAAGCAUGAAGGACAGCCAAAAGGAAGAAGAGCUUCGAGGUUCGGGGGAUCCGAAGUUUUCCCAUCUCCUCGACGAACUUCACGUUGAAGUGACAGCUUUCGCUCCACCCGCGGAAGCGCACGCCAGGAUCGCCUACGCCCUCGCUGAAAUCCGUCGUUUCCUCGUACCCGACAUGAACGACGAUAUCCGGCAGGAGCAGAUGUGGGAGAUGGCACACAUGAAGAACGGAGGACCGCCCACGGCCCAGGAAGAACCUCCGGGCCCGGGGACCGGAGUGGAAGAACGGGGCGAGAGCCCUGCCAGGAACGGAAGAAAAAGGCCUCUCCUCGCCCUGGCCCAGAUGUCUCCGACGAAACGCACUGUCUUGAGCAUCCUCGCUCGCGCGGCUCAAAACCAGGGCGCCCUCAGAUCCAUCCAUCCGCGCCCUUUCGUCGUCCCGACACUACGGGGCGAUCUGAUGACGGGCAACAUCAUCAUCAAUUAAAAAAGGUUUCUGGAAGGAGCCAGAAGACACAUAAAACAAGAACUAAAACGGUGGACCUAAAGGCUUUCGAUCCGGACUUAACUCUGAACCAACGACUAAAAACUUUUAAAAAACAAGAAAACCAUUUUUAAAAAAAGAAAAAAAAAGAGUAAAAUUUUUGAGUAUAAAAAUUGUUGGAGAGGGGGCGACCCCGUUUCUCCCGGCCGGGACAACGUCGAGCUUCUGCCGGAGGGACUCAUUUUUUUCACUCUCGAUUAUUUAAAUAAUUAAUAUAAACAAAUAUUUUUGCGAUGUGAGGCGAAUGGCGUUUUGAAGAUAAAAUACUUUCAGGAUCUCGGGUGGAAAACCGGGCGAGUUCAAAACGACAAGGGGCGACAAUUAUUUUUGAUUGACUGACGUAAAUUGUUCUUUAAAAGAGAAAAAUGCUUGAGAAUUCAAAUAGAUUUAAAUCUUUUGUUUUAAUGAGAAAAAACCUUGAAAUAUUCAUUAAAAAAAAAGAUCCUAUGUAUUUCUCAUAUCUAGCAUCUGCUUAUCUCGAAUACUCCUAAUUAAACUUAAUUUCUAAAUUAUCAAAUAAUAUAUUGCCCCGUUUCUUUAUUUUUUGAAAUAUUUUAGUUUUAUUGUUUGCAUUUGGCACUUCAUCUCUUCCCCUCGUAUGGACCUCGCAUCCGGUGACACCCGCUUCCCUGAGAUGCUUCGUGAGACGGUCAAAAGGCAAACCCGGAAAGCACCAAGGCCAACAACUUUUUUUUCUUAAACAAAAUUUAGUAAAACCAAAUUUAUAAAUUUGAGACGUUGUUCGCACACAAUCCGCAAAACGGAUUAUUUCAAAUGAGCCCCUCUUAGCCAAUGGAACAGUAUAUAAAAUACUAAAGAGCGAGACCUUGACAUUGUGAACCGGUCCCAAGGGAGAAACGUGCAAUAAAAAUUAUCUUCUUUUUUCUAACACUUAUUAACUAUUGUAGUAUUAAUGUUAUAAUUAUCAUUGACUAACGAUAAUUAAUUAAUAGCUGGUAACUAUUAUUAAUUGUUAUAUGGACCAAAGAAAAAGACGAAAUGAAAACCGGGCCAAAGGGGGUUUUAUGAAGAGACGAAGUUUUGAGUGUCAGGACCAAAAACAAAAUAAAAAUAGGGAUUUGAGUUCCUUGAUAUUUUUUUUAACCUUUUAAUUAUUAUUAAUU